AUGGAAGGUUCGAAGGGGAGCGGAGGUGGCGGGGACGGGGCCGGGCCCGAAAAGCCAAGCGCCGAGUCGAACCCUAGCCUGAAUCCGCCCCCACCUACCGCGGCGGCUGUCGAAGCCACGGACAACGGUGGCGCCGCGGCCGCGGCCGCGGCUGCGGCCGAGGCGGCCAGGCGGCCCUUCACGGCCCUCAGCCAGGAGGAGGCUGACCUCGCCCUCGCCCGCGUCCUGCAGGAGCAGGAGCGGGCGUACAUGUUGCUCCGGAUGAACGGGGGCGGUGGCGAAGGCAGCGAAUAUGGGAGCUCUGAUGCAGGGAGCUACGAGUACGAGGAAGAGGGAGAGGAGGACUACGAAGAGGAACUGGAGCACCACCUCCGCGUCCACCACCACGGGCACCCCUCGGGCGAGGGUGAGGGAGAGGGAGAGGGCGAGGGCGAGGGCGCCGAGGGGAGCGACUACGACGAAGAGUUCGAGGAGGACGAAGAAGGGGAGCCGGAGGUAGAUCCCGCGGAGUUUGAGGACGAUGAGGCUUAUGCGCGUGCGCUGCAGGAUGCUGAGGAGCGUGAGGUCGCCGCACGGCUUAUGGCUCUGGCUGGUCUCAGCGAUUGGCGGACAGUGGAUGUGGAGCAUGAGGAGGACCAUGUGAAUGAUCCACAGGAGGCAUGGCAAGAGGUUGAUCCAGACGAGUACUCUUAUGAGGAGCUAGUCGCAUUGGGUGAAGUAGUUGGCACAGAAAACAGAGGUCUCUCUGCUGAUACACUUGCUUCUUUACCUUCAGUAACAUACAAGAUGCAAGAUGUUCAGGAUGGCAACACAGAGCAAUGCGUAAUUUGCCGUGUGGAAUUGGAGGAGGGUGAAUCUUUGAUCGCACUUCCCUGCAAGCACUUGUACCAUCCUGAAUGCAUAAACCAGUGGCUGCAAAUAAAUAAGGUAUGCCCUAUGUGCAGUGCAGAAGUAUCAACCUCGGGCAACAAGGAGCCAUGA